UACAUAACACAAAAUGGCGGCAAACUGAAAUGCAUCAUAAGAAAAAUGGGAGCAACUAGCAACGAAGAAAUGGAAACCCUAGCUUUCAACUUCGACCAAAUCUACGAGGAUUUUAAAGAAGGUAUAACAGAGAUUCAAUUACUGAAAUCAAAUUAUAAUUCAGAGCUCAAACAUCGCGAAUCUCUCGAACUCACUUGUUCUAAUCUUCAGUCAGAAAAUGAAAGACUUACAAAGAUAUACACUGAGUCGCUAAACAAAUUGGUUUAUCAGAUUGAGAAUCGAUCAAAAUGUCAAAGUUUGGUUGAAGAAUUGAAGAAGCUGAAUGAUGAACGUCUCGUUAAAGAAGAUGGUUUUGGAUUUCCAGACUUGUUUUAUGUGGUUCUGUUCCCAUUAGAUUACUGUGACAGAUGGAGUGUGGAAGUACUUUAUGAGAUAUCCAGUAAAAUUGUGUACAUUGUUAUAAGUAUCCUAACUAUUGAAGAAGAUGGAAAAUCCAAGCAGGAGCAUAGGAAAGAAGUAGAGUUGCUGAAGCAAGAAUACACGAAAAAGAUUAAAGACCGGGAGACACAAAUUAGGAGCUAUCUUCAUCAACAAGCAGCAAAUGAAGCAACAAUUGAUCAACAAAACCGUGAAUUGGUUGCACAUAAGAAUCAAAUUCAAGCCCUCACAAAGAGGGUAGAUUGGGUUCACUCAGAUAUGGAAUCAAAACAUCAUCAAGAAAUUCAGGAUUUGAAAGACUGGCUUCUACUCGAAGAGGAAGAAAAGAAGGCACUGAAUAAUAAGCUGCAAAUUGCAGAGAAGGAAUUGCUGGUCAGCAGAAAGAAGUUGGAGGAACAACAAAGAGAUUCAACAUCAAAUCGUCAUGUUGAAACACUUAAGCAGAAGAUAAUGAAACUAAGGAAGGAGAAUGAAGCCCUGAAGAGACAAUUACCUUAAACUUGAAAACAGAAUGCCGCAUGCUUCUCUUCAAACUCUCCAUUAUCAUUUAUUAGUUACAGGCUUACAGCUUCCCGAAUCGUGUAACCUAAUAUUUCCCACGCCAUUUAGCAUUUUUCUUCAGAAAUGUUGCCGAAUGGUAUUUGGAUUGGUAAUAUAGCCAAUAUUUUUGCUCUUCUUUACGAGGCAACUACCACAUUUGGCUUUAGGUAUCCAGUGACGGAACCAGGAUUCAAGACUAGGGGUGGCUUGAAAAGAAAAAAGUUUUGCGCGGUGGCAAAACAAAGAGAUUACCUCUUAAACGAACAUCGCUCCGGCGAUAACUUGUUCCAUGUACAACAAUCAUGCCUCUAAGAAAAUUUGUAUGUAUUUUGUUACGAGUAGGUGAUUUAACCAAUUUCAUUGUGGAGAAAAACUUUCUGACGUUGAAACAGGAAGAGUCACACAAUAUUAAUCUUCCAUUGCUUAAAGUUGAUGUCUAAGUUCUUCCAAUUCAGUUCUUUGGGAACACAUAUUUUCGGGUUCAAUGCAUAAUUAGCAAAUCACAUAAAACAAAUAGAAAUACAGAUGAUAUGAAAUGUAAAAGACCUCUGAUCUUAGUACAACUAUCCAACUCUGGCAACUUUCUGCUACCCGUGAAAAAAGUGGGAACGUAAAUAAAUAUGUAUGGUAUUAGACUUCACCCUGAGACACAAUGUCAUAGAUUAAAUAGAAAAGAAUUUGGAGGAGAUACCAUAAAACAUGACCAAAAAAAACUCUUUUACCAUUCGAAAACAACCAUGUUGAUUGUGGAAUUUGAGCAUGAUAUCCAAGUAACUUAAUCUGAGAAUUCCUGUAAAGACUCAAACAAUCAAGCAAUCUAAAGUACCCACUAAAACCCUAAAACAAAUAUUCCUUAUAGAUCCAAAUAAAAUCCCCAAAUCAUAAGAAUCAACAAAAUCAGGUUAAACAACUAAUUCAAUUAACACAAAAAAAAUUAAACUGAAAAAUUCAGCUUUUCAAUCAUACGAA